AUAAAGCCAUGUAUAUUUGGAUCAUUGGGACAAAUGGCGAGGAUCUAUACACCUUUGUUAUUAACAAAUAUUGCAGUUAUUAUGUUAAUGAUUCUGAGGUACCAAUUAAAGAGCUUGAAAAAUGGAAGUUGUCCUAUAUUUUUUGUUGCUAUAAAGGAAGGAGUAAAGGCGUACUACACUCUACCGAUAGUUAAAAUAUUAUCAGUAAUUUUGAGAAAAAUAGAAAUGUACGACCGUUUGCCAAAGACUGACAUAUUUUAUUUAACUGAAGAGGGCACUGAAUUUUUUGGUUCACAUAUAAUCCUAUUCCUAUGUAGUGUUGGCAUUGUUUUGUUACUAGGUGUAAUAUACAUCAUAUCACUUGUAACAUUGGACUCUACUAUAAAUAAAUUAAGUCUGAAGUUGACAGGAAUACUAUUUUUAUCCAUUAGCAGUACGGAUUUUAUAACUACUUUAUUAGAGAAAGCACCCUUUAUCAUAGCAAUACUGUUAGUUUUUGCAAGUAUUUCCACAUGUGGAAGUUUAGCACUAUGUCUAGGGACACUUUUUUAUUUUUUAAAGUUAACACAUAUGUCACAAAAUUACAUAGAAAAAGUAGUUUGGUUUUUUAUAAAACGGUUUGCUGAAAAAUGUAAAAAUGUCAUCAGAAAAACGACACAUGGACUUACCAAAAAAGAUGAUAUAAAAUGUUGCGCUGAGAAAACCAAUUUAAAAAAUGACGAAGAAUGUUUAUUAGACAAGGAACAUAUAGAAAUAUCACAAACUCGAGUUUCUAAAAAUGAAAAAAGAAAUAAUGGAAAAAAGGAGAUAUUGGAUGAGGAGAUUGGAGAUACAAAGGAAAUGGAUGAUAUUGAUUUAAAUGAGUUGUACAACGAAAUUUACGAAUCUAAGAUUAAAAGAAAAGGUGACACAGAUGAAGAAGGUGAAAAUAAAAUAUCUGAAAAUGAUAAAAUUAAUACAAGUGAAUUAAAAGAAAAAGUAGAUAAUGAAUUGCUUGCUACGAAUAAUUCACUUUUUUUUCAUUCAACUAUCUUCUUUCUAUGGUGUAUAAUCACAUUACUUAAUUUACCAGCUGCUUUAACUUGGGCCCAUAAUUACAAGUAA